AAAGCUGAGCUCCAGAUGUCGUGAGAGCUUUUGGCAUUCAUGCUCAGAAAGCGGCCAGCCGCCAGCUCCCCAGUAAUUCAGAGACCAGCGCACCGGGCGUUCCUCCAUUCCGCACACUCCCCGGUGGGCAGAGAGCUUCAGAGCUCCAAGCAGGACCGGUGGUUUUCAUCUGCUGUCAAGACCAAGAGUGGCGCCAAGAGACAAGUCCUGCUUGGACUUGUCUCCAUCAGGUGAUCGUCUCUUUCCUUCUGCGUAAUCUCUACUGCUGUUCGUGAAGAUGAUGAACAUGAACAAGAACCGGCUGGAGCGCCGGAUUGUUGGGUCAACGAACCGGUGGCAUUUCCCCAAGAAGCCCUUCUCAGGGGACCUGCUGGCACUUUCCCAGAUGUGCAAGGCGCUGGGCAUAGACCUUGAUGAGGCUCUGAAGCAUCCAGACAGGUUAUGCAUUUCAAAAAUUCAGAAACUUUUCUCUGAGAAUUUCAACAACCAGGCCAUCCAAAGUUUGGAGCCAGAUGUGAUUCUUGAAUGCCUGGGCUGCAAAUGGGAACUCCAUCAACCCCAGCUUUUUCAAUCUGAGACCUUGGCCAAACUUUACCUGGCAGCCCUGAUACAGAGCACGCAUCGCUCCCUGGGAGAGACGAGCAAGACUCUGCAAGCUCAGUUACCUGGGAAGGCCAAGGAGAAAUCCCCCUUCAAGAGGAUGAGCAUUUCUUUGAGGAUCCAUGACUCAUCAGUCACCAGAGUUGCCUUCGCCACGGCCUUGAAGAGCCUCUACAUAAGCGAAGCAGAGAUAAACGCGGACGACGCAGUGGCGGUGCUGGCUUCCGCUAACAUCCUCCAGUUCAGCGGCCUAUUUCAGAAGUGUGUGGACACGAUGAUAAAAGCGCUCACAUCAAGCACCAUCAAGAACUUCUACCUGGCCGGCUGCCAGUACAAAGACGAACGGCUCAUCAAGGCCUGCGAGAAGUGGCUGGAAAUGAAUUUGGUCCCUCUGCUGGGGACACAGCUCCACCUCCGCCAUAUCCCACAGGAUCUUCUCCACAAGGUGCUGCAGUCACCCAGGUUGUUUACCUUUAGCGAGUUUCAUCUUGUGAAAACCUUACUUUUGUGGGUCUACUUGCAACUAAACAAAAAUAUCCAGGUUAUGCCAAUCAAUGAGACUCUGCUGACCUAUUUUAACAGCUUUUCCAAGGAGCACUGCUUUCUGAACCGGGACAUAGGACACAGGUGGAUUUCACUCUUCCUUUGCUUACGGCUAUAUAACAUCACUGGUGUCAAGGAUCUGGAGGAAUUAAAGCACAUUAACUUCUUUCCUGCAUCCUGGCUCAUCCGGGUUACAGCAAACCAUUACUACAUGCUGGAGAACGGGGGUGAUAUGGUUCAUCUGAAAGAUCUAUCCACCCAGGCUGUGAGGUUUGGGCUGCUCUUUUACAAGGAGUAUACCACGCAUUCGAAGACUGUUUCCAUAUAUGGAUUUUUCUUUGAGUUAAAAGGAAUCAAAAAUGAUACUAACUCUUACAGUUUUUACAUGCAGAGAAUAAGACACACAGACAUGAAGUCGCCCUCUGCAGUCUCUGAGCGCAGCACCGUCAGCCUGAGAGCGCAGCGCCUGGUGAGGUAUGAGAUCAGAGCCCAGGCCCUGGUGAGCGGCAGGUGGCAGGAGUUCAGCACCAGCCAGGUCACCCAGAAGUUCGGGCUCGCCAAGCCACACUGCAAAAGCCACGUCUUGGAAGUUCAAAGUGUGGGCGCCCCAAUCUAUGUGAGCUUUGAUAUCAUCUUCCCAAUAUCUUGA